GGCAGGACACGAUCUUUGACGUGGACGAGACGGGCGCGGGCAACCUCGCCUUCCAAGACUUCAGCACCGGUUCCAUCCAGCCCGACGUCCCGCUCGGCCGCAUCUCGCCCAACGGCGCCUCGUCGUCGUCGUCGCCCUCCCUACAUGUGCGCGCAGGCCAGGACUUGUACAGCGCAGAGCAGCGCCUCGGCAGCUCGAUCGACGGCGCCACAAAGAGCGGCGGCGUCCUCAACCUCGACUUUUACUCGAGCUGGUUCGACGUCAACACGGCCAAGGUCCUCGAGCGGUGCUACAAGACGCUGUUGCCCAAGGAGGACUAUGUCGGCGAGGUGCUCGAGGGCGCUCCGGACCUCUACGGGCCGUUCUGGGUCCCGACGACGCUCGUGUUUUCGCUGUUCCUCACCUCGUCGCUGUACACGUCGAUCGCGGCCUACCUCGACGACGCCGAGUACACGUACGACUUUACCCGCUUGGGAGCAGCCACCUCGAUCGUGUACACGUACUACCUCGGCGUGCCACUGCUCGUGUGGGCCGCCAUCAAGUACUGGGCCGGCGCGUCGGACCGCUCCCCCGUCGAGAUCGUCAGCUUGUACGGCUACUCGUCGACCGUCUGGAUCCUCGUCGCCUGGCUCUCGCUCAUCCCGGUCAGCUUUGUCUCGGGCGCGUUCGCCCUCGUCGGCACCCUCCUGUCGCUCUUCUUCCUCGUGCGCAACCUGUACCCGAUCCUCGCAACGGCCCCCAACGUCUCGGCGCGCAUCCUCAUCGUCGUCGUCGCCGGCCUCCACCUCGUGUACGCCGUCGCCGUCUGGUGGGGGUUCGUGCGCGGCGGCAGGGGCGCCCUCGUCGACCGUGACCUCAAGGACGUGGCGGGCGAGAUUGGGAACGGGCUUGGCCAGAUCGGGUCGGACGUCGGCGAGGAGGUCCUGAGGAGGUGGCGGUCGUAGCGCAGUCCUCGCCUCUCCUUGAGCAACUUGGCCGUGUCUCUCUCUCUC